UGUGAUUCUGUACAUGGAAGAUAUGUAUCUGGGCACGUAUCUAGGUUUCACAGAGAUGUUUGUUCUGUUCAGAAGAUUCAGACUCGGGUGGGGGUUUACGAGGUAUUAAAGGACCAUUGAAUUUUUUUUCUUCUUCAGAAGGUCUUGUGAAUGCUGGACUUCCAGUAAGGACCGUUUUCUCACAAUAGAAUAAACUACACCCAUGGGAGAAGACAUUCCAUGGUUUAUUUCCAGUCUCUAAGAGGAUUAAAAAUGUCCUCUGUGAUGGUUCCCAGAAGAAAUCUAUCCAUUUGCUUACAGUAAAAAAAAAGAAGAAAAAAAAGAGGAAGUGGUGCUGUCCUGCUAAGCGAGAUUCUGACUUCAAUAAAUAAAAUGUUGGUGAAAGGAAGUGUCUUUAACUUGUACUUUGAACUUUAUGACGAAGUUUGUAAAUGAUUUUUUUUAUUAUUUAUAACAGGAGGGAGCAGAAUGAGCUAGCUGAACCACACCAAAACAAGCUUUAGGGUAAGUAAUUAAACGCUGCAUAUGCACGUCUUGCCUGGUUAACAACAUGGAUUUUCCAGCUAAUUCCUCUUUCUUCUCGGCCACAGUUUGGAGCAUAAUGGACUAUGAAACCUUGUCUGAAUUGGAUAAGAAUACAAAAUACCAGCUACAUAUCAUGACUUUGUGAAUACGAAGGAGCAUAAUGGACAAUCUAAACCUGUCUGACUUCAAUCAGAACGCACUUGUGUGCUAUGAAUCCAUCAACGGAUCUUGCUGGAAGAUUUCACGACCUUUGAAUGUCCAGAUUUCCAUGUUUCUUGGCAUGGCGAUUACCAUCCUGACGACUGUGAUGGGAAAUAUAUUGGUUAUAAUUUCAAUAGCUCACUUCAAGCAGCUCCACACACCAACCAACCAUUUAAUCCUGUCUCUGGCCAUGUGUGACUUCUUGCUGGGUGUUUUCGUAAUGCCGUUAAGCUCCAUGCGAUCGGUGUACGGUUGCUGGUACCUCUCAGACUUUAUGUGUAAGAUACACACAGGAAUGGACAUCAUGUUGAGUACGGCUUCCAUUUUUCACCUCAUGUGUGUGUCAGCGGAGCGGUUUUGCGCAGUGUGCAGCCCGUUGACGUAUCGUUCACGUUUUCGUUCUGUCACCGUGCUGUUUCUGGUCUCAGCUAGCUGGUUCGUUUCUGCAGUAUUUGCCUAUGCUUUGGUUUUUGGAGAACUCAACCUCAAAGGCAAUGAAGAUUUUUACGAGUCCCACAUGCGCUGCGUGGGAGGUUGUCAUGUUUUUUUUAGCCAUGGUUCAGCCGUGGUCACCUCCAUGGUCUCGUUUUUCAUCCCUGGCUUAAUUAUGUUCGCCAUCUAUUCCAGGAUUUAUAUCGUCGCUAGAAGCCAAGCGAGAUCCAUCAACAUUUUGGCCAAUCAGCUCAGGAUACACAGUCCGAAACCUGGAGUAUUCAGGUACCGAACAAGGAAGGGUACAUUGACUCUUGCCAUUGUGGUUGGAGUUUUCCUCAUCUGCUGGACUCCAUUUUUCCUCUGCAACAUCAUUGACCCUUUUGUUGAUUACACAAUAUCACCAGUGCUAAUUGAUGCCCUGGUCUGGUUUGGAUAUUUGAACUCCGCACUGAAUCCUUUCAUUUAUGCAUUUUUGUACCCUUGGUUCAGAAAAGCUUUAAGGAUCAUUGUCAGUGGAGAUGUUUUUCACAGGAACAGUUGCAGAUUUCAGCUGUACUCGUGAUUACAACUUGAAGACGUCUGAGAGAAAAACACAUUUUCUGUAGGUGCUUGUCCACUGAUAUGGUCCUGUUGUCUCAAAGCAUUUUAUACCUUUUCAGCACAGAAAAACUGGUUCUGUUCUUCAUUAACUUGCUGGACAGGAACACACGAAGGAGAGGUGUCAGGGCCAGAGGGUGGGGCCUUUAUGUCGGCAUGACGGCAAACAAAAACAAUAUCACCGUGGUCUGUAAAAGAAACACAGAGCCACUGAGUAUGACCUCUGUAUUGCCAAAAAGCCUUUGACCAUCUACAGACUCUGAAUGAAUAAAAGUCUGACACAUGGAGCCUUACACAUAUUUGUUUUUUUUGAAACUUGAACCAUUUUUACACUGUAACAUUGUAGUAUGUUGCUUCUGCAAACAUAUGGUUAAAAUCAAGGCUCCAGACUGGAAAUGCAAAUGGUACAAAAGCGCAACAGAAACUAUAUUCAUCUUGUCGUUACUGAGAUUGCUGUUACUGGUUAGUUAUAUUCUUCUUUCUUUAUUUCUUUUUUGUUAGUCUAUUAGAUUAUUUUAUUAUUUUUGUUUUAACUCCUGAAUGUUUUUAGAUUCAGUGUGUAAUUUCCCAUGCACUUGUACUGCACUAUAAAUAAAGUUGCAUGGCUUCAGUUCAUAAAGAAAAAAACAACGUAAAUGAGCCUUAUUAUAAAUGGUUUCUCAACAUAAAAUCUCAUUAUGUAAAGUCUUCGUUAGACAAAUAACCACGCCUACUUGCAUUCUCUACUAGCUAG